CGUCCUCAACCAUUUGAACCAUUUUGGUUGUUCAUUUUAUGCGUGUGCGUUACGACAAGGUCAAAAUAGUGAUUGCAUAUCCUCGAUCUCGGAUUAUACUGCUGAACUAAUUCAAAUAAAUACCGGUGGUUGAUUUACGCACCACUACCUGAUGAUCUCGCAAGGUUUUUUUAUGGCUAUAUGAUGAGUUGUCUCCGGACUCUAAUUCCAUAGCUGUCUAAAAUGUAAAAUGUUUUAGGUAUUCAAUCACUAUUUUAAUAAUGACUCAACUAAUAAAUUCCUUUAAAAAUUAUAUCACUCUUUAGAUUUAUUCUCAACAAUGAGUAGAAUUAGGACAUCUCUUGAAGUUUUAAGUCUUGGAUUUGGAUUGUUCACCGCAGAAGCUUUGUAUUCUGGAAAUGAGCACUUUUAUAAAGAUUGGUUUUUACCCACUGCCCGUCUGUUAGUCCGUGAUGGUGAAACUGCCCACAAUUUAUCAGUUUACUUAGCAAGUUAUGGUUUUAUACCACAUAAACAACGAAACUCAUUCCCUCAACUCAAAUGCAAAGUUUUUGGACUUGAAUUCGAUCAUCCCAUAGGAUUAGCUGCAGGUUUUGAUAAAGAUGGAAAGGCAUUUAUGGGUCUCUUAAAUGCAGGAUUUUCACACAUUGAAGUUGGAACUGUCACGCCGAAUCCUCAGCUGGGUAACGCACGUCCUCGUAUAUUCAGAUGGACCGAGAAAGAAGCGGUAAUAAAUCGAUGUGGGUUUAACAGUGAUGGACAUGAUGCUGUAUAUGAAAGACUCAAAGAUCGUCCAUGGGAAGGACGUGGUGUAAUUGGUGUCAAUUUGGGCUGCAAUAAAACAAGUGCAGAUCCAACUGCUGAUUAUGUGGCAGGUGUUCGGAAGUUUGGCGAAGUAGCUGACUAUUUAGUAAUCAAUGUAUCUAGUCCAAAUACCCCAGGAUUACGCUCCCUACAGACUAAGGAAAAAUUACGCGAUCUCUUAUCUAAAGUUCUAGCAGCCCGAAAUCAAUUGUCGAAAAAAAUUCCUAUUUUGUUAAAAAUCUCUCCAGAUGAAAAUGACCAAAAUUUAAAGGAUAUAGUUGAAGUCGCUUUGGAUUCGAAAACUCGAAUAGAUGGUAUGAUAAUUUCAAACACCACACUUGCAACUUAUGAAGAGGCUGUAGCUUGCGGUGCUGCUCCAAUACCAGGGAACAAUGAACAAAAUGUUGUAUAUGGUGGCUUAAGCGGCCGACCAUUAUUUGAAAAAUCAACAGAUUGUUUAAGGAAAGUUUCUGCAUUAACCAAAGGUGCUAUACCCCUGGUCGGUGUUGGUGGUAUCAACUGCGGUGAAGAUGCAUUGUCCAAGUUAAAUGCCGGUGCUAGCUUAGUGCAAUUAUAUACAAGUUUUGUUUAUCAGGGACCGCCGGUUGCUCAUAAAGUCGCUAGAGAAAUUAAUAAAUUGAAAAUGACAUCUUAAGCUCUUAACUAAAAACGUGCUUUUUCUUUCUAGUAUAGGAAUAUUUGUGUUACAUUGAAAUAAAAAUGAUUUAUACAUUAUCUUAA